AUGGAGAUCGUAUCAAAAGAGACAAACAAAGUAAUGCUUUUAAAGCUACCUGAUUAUCUUUAUCAAACAUUUCUAUCUCCCUCCUAAGUAAUAAGCAAGAUUGAUGUAAAAAUCUGACAAAGUACUUUUUUAUAUAAUUUGUAAAAAAGAUUAAUUAAAUAAUAUUAAUUCAGCUAAAAAAAUAAAUUAAUCUAAAAAGAAGGGGUUAAGCAACUCUGACUUGGCGGCAAGCAUAAAAUUCGAUCCGAAGACUUAUCAACUCGAAAUCGAUCUUCCAAAAUCAGUCGAAAGCUCUUCAUAUGGAGUCUUAACUUUUAAAUCAAAAAUAGAGCCAAUAGAUGAAGCUGAUUUACAUGUCUUUACAGUUGACCAGCAAAGAAAAGCUACAUUAAAAUCCCAAGUAGCUUACAAAGGGAAUCUACUGCCUGAAAGGAAUGAUCAUUAUAUUAAAUUAAUCCAAAAGCAAAGCGAGCAAGUUAGCGACUUCAGCAUCACAACUGCAGAGCCAAGGAGAGACGACAAUAAAAUCCAGCCAAGAAUUUUUAGCUUGCAUGAAGAUCACAAGUAUUUUGUGAUGGCAAAUCCAGAACAGGCAAGAGAAUCUAGUAUCAGAAAGAUGCAUAACUUCACCCCCUUAUAGGAGAAUUAAUUUUUUAUUUAUUUAUUUUUUUCUUAAUAAAAUAAUUAAUAAAUAAAAACAUCAAUUGAAAACAAUUUUAAGCUAUUUUAUAAAGAAUUAAUCAAUUUAGUCUGAAAACUGUUUAAAUAAUAUUCUGACUGCAAAUUAGGUUAAAAUUAAUACUAUAAAAUUAGUUUUUUUAAAAAUUUUGUUCUCAUUUAAAAUGUGGCUACCCAAAAAUGAAAAUUUUGCCGAUAUUUUGUUCCAAUUUAAAAGGGAGUAAAGAAAAAAGAGUUAGGGAAGAUCCAGAAAAAGUUAAAGCAAUGCUUUUUGAUUUAUUUUCAACGCAAAGAUUUUGGAAAUUAAAAACUUUGGCUGAGCAUACUAGUCAGCCUGAAUCGUAUUUAGCUGACAUACUUAGGGAAAUCGGGGAAAAAGGACCUCCUGGGCAGUAUAAAAGCCAGUGGCAGCUGAAAAGUGAAUUUAGAGGGGCAGAUGAAGGUGAAGAGGGCGGGCCAACUAAAAAACCAAAAAUAGUUUAA